AUGAAGAAGACAUUGUCAAUUAUUGUCAGAAAAAGAUUUUCUGGUGUUCCAUCGGAUUCGAUUGAAUUUAAGGCCUUUAUUGAUAGCUUAGAAGCCGCCAAGUCUUUAUCUGAUAUUAAGAUUCCGAGUGAGAUCCAGGAUUGUCUUGCCUUUUUGUGCUCUCGAUUUACAGUAAAAAACUUAGAUUCCAAUGAUCAAUUGGUUCACCAAAAUUCAAUCGCUUGGCUUACUAGAGCGACCUUGUCGCAGAUUGCACUUAGUACUCCUGAUUCAUCGGAUGAUCCAUUUUAUGGUCUUCGGGUUUUACUUUCUGAUGAGGCUAUACCCGAAGAGCUUGACGAAUCCGAAUUUCACACUCUUGUUACCAAUAGCGGUGAAACUGACCUAUUGACUAGUGUGACUGAUCCUCCUUUUGAUUACAUGAAGAAAAAAGUGAAAAAAGCUCAAGUUGCAAAAGAAUUAUUUGAGGAUAUAUCUUCGGAACUCUCAAAAAUUGAUGGUGUUUAUUCGUCCCGUAUUCCGACGUCGUACGCUACGGUUGCUCUAAAUGUUUUCUGGAGUGAAGAUGGCCAUGAAAUUCUAUUAAGUUGUUUGCAUAAUCUGCUUAAACAUCUUCAGAAUUCGAAUCAAGUGAAUCUAUCUUCGGUUGUCACUAAAAGUGGUCUUCUUUGUCAAAUUUUGCGUGGGGCGAUUUCCUCAAAUUUUGACUAUCCCAAAUGCAACCUCACCUCCCUUCCAACUAUAUUUGUCAAUAAUUGGAUUAAAUCAAUACUCAAAGUUAUGACAUCUAUCAUUCAGAAUGUCUCCAGAUAUCUUUUUACUCGGAACCCUGAUUUGACAGAUGUUGUUGCAGUUUCGAACGAUGUUUUUGCCAAUUUGGAUCUUUUGAAUCAAGCCUUCUUUUCACUAUUUGCAACUACGAAUAACCGCCAAAUUGAAUGCUUUGAACGUGAUGUAGCCUGUCUGUGGUUUAAGCUCUGCCUGAUCACAUCAUACUGCAAUCCCAUAUCGAAUGCUCAAAAUAACACCGAUGCGCUAAUUUUAUUGGCACCUCGUGCGGAUAGUUUUAUCAAAUUCACCUCGUCCAUUCUGGAAAGCCUUCGAAGUGAAUUGUCGGGAAAUUCAGGGUCUCCAAAUAUCGCCUCUGGUCUUUUUAAUCGAGCUCCAUGGUUACAGAAGGAGGGAGGGGUUGAGAGUGACGCUGGGUCAUCUUCUGCCAGUUCUGAUGAUUGGAUAGAAAGACUGACUGCAGUGGAUGCCUACGAACGCUUUAUUCUUGAAGACGAUUUUCGUCAAUCCCUUAUACUAACUGCUCCAUUGGAUGUCUACCUUCUUGACUUGGCCUCCGCAUUUUUCUCUGCUUCGAAAAAAGUGGAAUCCGAAUCUGAUGAAGUUUCCAAAUCCUUGUUGGGAUGCACUGAGAAUGCUAUCUUGGCUUUACACAGUUUUAUACAACUAAGGGAAUCAAAUAGAUCAUCCAUUGGUGCCACUCAAAAUGAGAAUUCCUUUAUUAAGCGCUUCGUCCACUUUCUUUCCCUUCAUCCGGAGUCCUUGGGCCAUCCUUUGACAGCACUUUUCUUUGCCUUGGCGCCAACAUCAAUUUCACCCCGCGUUCUCAAGCUUCUUCACCUCCUUCCACCGGAUUUGAAAUUCCCCCUUGAACCUGCUAACUUUAGAUUGCUUGCCACUUAUCUCCUAGACGCCUCCUGCACAUCACCUGGCGUUGUUGAGUCCUAUUGCCAUGCAGCUGUUCGGGCUAGCUUCGAAGAUCUUCCACCUCACAUGGCCCAACUCAUCUCCCUUCUAACCUCAGCUUUCGCAUCCCAUAGUGCCAAGAAAGAUCUCCUCUCUUCUAUUAUUGACACUCUCAUUUCCCACCCGACAAUUGAUAUACUACGAUCCCUACGUCUUACGGUCCUCCUUCGCUAUCAGCUUCAUUACAUUUUUGACCCACCCCGCUAUCUCAAUGCCCAAGUUCGUCCGGCUGUACUUGGUGCAGAGGCAAAGGUUUGGGAGUUCUCAAAUCUGACGAACAAGGGUCCCACUUCUGGGUUCUUUUACGAUCUCCUCUCUGCGAAAGGAAAGACGGGACCGGCUCCACAAAGAGACGGUCUUGCCAUUGCUACUUUGGUUGCUCGAUCAGACUACGAUGUGAUAUUCAUGCGUUUGCUGGAAAUCUUUGAUUCAUGGUGGGAGGAAUCUCCAAGUUUGCUCUAUUCUGCUUACGGUUCACAAUUGUCUUGGAGACUAUUGGAAAUUUUGCCACCCUCGGCAGGUUACGUGGAUCAACUGUCUGCCCUGGUUAAUGGAGACGAGUUUGGAAGCUUAAGAGGGGAGAUUAACGUUCGACAUCGGUUUAUCUACCUCUUGGUGCUUUUAGAUAGGCUUAGAAGACUUUCCGCCCCGCACGCCACAUCACUGUCAAUCGGGGGUGAGAAUAAAGGGCCAAAGCGAAAUAAGCAUCGUAUUGAGUCGAUUGCUGUAAGUUACACGUUUAUUGUGAUUAAAAAUGGGCACCUAUUUUUUGUCAUUCGCUGGGGGAGAGAGAUGUUUUAA